CAACUUCCCCGUUGAAGGUUCAACGUCAUCAAAAGUUUAAAAAAAAUGGAGGAUGAUUAUUACGCUUUGCUUGGGAUUCCAUCAACAGCAAAUGAUGAAAUGAUACAGAGGGGAUAUAGAAAAGCAGCACUUCGAUAUCAUCCAGAUAAGAAUAAAGAAGCAUCGGCUAUAGAAAUAUUCCAUAAAAUAGCGGUAGCAUUUGAUGUUUUAAGUGAUCCAAUAUCUCGGUCUAGCUAUGACUCUAGUAGGGAGUCUUUACUUGCUAAAAAACGGAAAUAUGAGGCAUUAGAUAAGGAAAGAAAACGGAUGAUAGAUGAACUUGAACGAUUGGAUAAAGAAGCUAAACUUCGAAAAAUCAAAUCAGAGACGGCGAUGGAGGCUACUCUACGUAAACUACAAGAAGAAGGAGCAGCUUUACGUAAGAAAAAAGAAGCAGCUUUAAGAGCACAAAGAGAAUCAGAGAAACAAAUGGAAAGUCAUAAUGAUGAAAAAGUGUUAAAAACGAAGGAAGAAGAAAAAAGUAGAUUUACAAUGGAAAAUAGAACAAUUAAAGUACGAUGGCGUCGAGAUCAGAUUACAAUAGAUAAGGAUGGACUAAUAAAUGCAUUUGAAAGAUUUGGAAAGAUUGAAGAUGUAGUUUUAAAGGAUUCAAUAGACAAUACAAAGAAAAAAAAGGUUAUUGUAGGAUUAAUUGUAUUUAAAUCAGUUGUUUCUGCGCAUGCAGCAAUAUCAGAAGCGUCUUUGCUGGCAGAGACGCCAUUUAUACAUUUAAAAGAGGUUUCUUGGGCAAAACAGGCACCCGAUUUAACUGGAAUAUCAGAAGAUGUAACAUUAAAUGAAAUUCAUAAUUCAAAUACUUCAAAAAAUACGUCUUUACCAAGAUCAAACACUAUGCCUUGUUUAAAUCAAAAUCACUUGGAUUAUCAAAAUAUAAUAUUAAUGCGAAUGAGAGAAGCUGAACGUGAAAAAAUUACAAACAAUAUUUUACAAUCUGAUAAUCAAAUUUAAUUAAAAAUCAUUUAUACACUAUCUAAUCUCUAUUUUUUACAUCAC